AUGCAUCCGGAGCCCGCCCCGCCCCCGAACAACAACAGCCCCGAGCUUCCCCUCAGUGGCGGUAGUACCAACAGCGGCAGCCGCCGGAGCCGCCGCCGGAGCGGGGACGGGGAGCCCCCGGGGUCCCCUCCACCGCCGCCCGCCGUCACCUACCCGGACUGGAUCGGCCAGAGUUACUCCGAGGUGAUGAGCCUCAACGAGCACUCGAUGCAGGCGCUGUCCUGGCGCAAGCUGUACUUGAGCCGCGCCAAGCUCAAAGCCUCCAGCCGGACCUCGGCUCUGCUCUCCGGCUUCGCCAUGGUGGCAAUGGUGGAGGUACAGCUGGAUGCUGGCCACGACUACCCGCCGGGGCUGCUCAUCGCCUUCAGUGCCUGCACCACGGUCCUGGUGGCCGUGCACCUGUUCGCGCUCAUGAUCAGCACCUGUAUCCUGCCCAACAUCGAGGCCGUGAGCAACGUGCACAACCUCAACUCCGUCAAGGAGUCGCCGCACGAGCGCAUGCACCGCCACAUCGAGCUGGCCUGGGCCUUCUCCACCGUCAUCGGCACGCUGCUUUUCCUGGCCGAGGUCGUGCUGCUCUGCUGGGUCAAGUUCCUCCCCCUCAAGAAGCAGGCGGGCCAGCCACAGCCCACCAGCAAGCCCUCAGCUGGCGGCGGGGCCCUCGGCGUCAACGGCAGCAGCCCUGACGGCAUCACGCCGGGCCAGGCGGCCGCCAUCGCCUCCACCACCAUCAUGGUCCCCUUCGGCUUGGUCUUCAUCGUCUUUGCCGUCCACUUCUACCGUUCACUGGUCAGCCACAAGACAGACCGACAGUUCCAGGAGCUCAAUGAGCUGGCUGAGUUUGCUCGCCUGCAGGACCAGCUGGACCACAGAGGGGACCACCCACUGACACCUGGCAGCCACUACGCCUGA